CUCGGGAGCGCGAGGCAGGCUGCAGGGUAAACCAGGGGAGCAUGUAGGAGCUGUAGGAAGGAGUAUGUGUUAUGUUUUAUGUGAAAUAAAUUAGCUAUACAUGUCGUUCGAAUAGCAGCACAAUAUUGGUUUGCUACCACGGUGUGUUUUCGGGUGUUAACGUGAAUCUUGAGGGUAUUUUGAAGUCACUUUGUCGGAGAACACAGCUAACGACAGAAGCACCGGGUUAGUGGUUGGGAUGUUGGCGGCUGAAAACCCAUCGGUGGAAGGACAUUUGGCAGCAUCGACUCCUCGUAGAAGAGGCAUGGAUUGUAAGUCAAGUAACAAUGCCAGCAAGAAACUUGUACAAGCCCGUCUUCCUUUCAAGCGCCUGAACCCUGAACCUAAGGAGAACCAGCCACCUAAGCGCCCCUGUGCCCAUUCCUGCCCUGAACCUGAAGUCUCAGACAGGGAGAAUGAGAAUGCAUCCUCUCCUCUUUCUGUGCGCAGUGGCCCACCUUUGGUUAAUGGUCGUGGGCCACUUGAUGGCUUCAUAAGCCGUAGACGCGCCACAACUUCAGAUGAGAACAUGAUUAUAGAUCUGACUGAGGACAACACAUCAUCUCCUUUAAAGCCCCUUGCCUCAUCUGCUUCAGCCUCUCCCUGCGUCCCAGCAAAAGAUAAGCAUCACUGCAAAGACACAACGGCUUCGCCUGAGAAGUCCUGCAGUGCUAAUGGUGCUCCUAAAACGCAAACAUUAGACUCUGUUGUAAUCAACAAUGAUGAUAAUGAAGAAGAGGAGGAGGAGGAAGAAGAGGAGGAGGAGGAAAAGAACAACACCGCAUCCAUCUCUCAGCUUGACACAACACAGGAUUCUGACACUGAAGCAGAGGAGCUGAAUGAGUCAGAAAAUGUUUCUAGUUUGGGAAACCGGUCCAUGCAGUCAGUUUCAUCAGUCACCUCUCCGUCUGAAAGCUCGCCAGAAAAGUCCAAGACGGAUGACCCUACACCCGCUACUACACCUACAGAGUCAAAGACCACCCCCAAGAUACCAGCAGAUCAAAAAAAGGUCAAAAGACGCUCAUUGAAGAGUUUACAGGAACAAGACGAGAGACUCCGGCUGCGACAGGAGAAGGAACGGCAGAAGGAAGAGGCCAAAGCUGCAAAAGAGAAAAAGAAGGAAGAAGCUCGGAAACUAAAGGAGGAACGAGAAAGGGAAAAACGGGAGAAAAAGGAGAAGGAUGAACGAGAAAAACGGGAGAAAAAAGAGAAGGAGGAGAGGGAAAAGGCAGAGAGGCUAAAAGCAAAAGAGGAGCUGCGGAAAUCCAAAAUGGAGGCCAAGCUGGAAGAAAAACGAAAGAAAGAGGAAGAGAAGCGAAUGAAAGAGGAGGAGAAACGGUUGAAAGAAGAAAAGGAUCGCCUCAAAGCUGAGAAAGCAGAAAUUACGCGGUUUCUACAAAAAUCGAAGAUCCAGCAGGUUCCAAAGACACUUGCAGCUGCGUGUGGGAAAUUUGCUCCAUUUGAGAUCAAAGAAAACAUGGCUCUGGCACCACUGUGCCGGGUUCAGUGUGAAGAGUCUGCUCUGGAGGAACUGGACCGAUGUUUGUUGAAUCCUGCUGAUAACCUGAAUGGACUGAAAGAUUGGAUUGGGCAAAAACCCAGACAGUCAGGACCCACAAAACCCAGACAGACCAACUCACUCAGGGAUUGUAUAGCAGUGGAAGGGCCAAAACCAGAUAGUGUGCCGGACCGUAAACGUUAUGGGCCCAUGAAGCUUCUGCAGUUUCGUGAGAAUUACCGUCCAGCCUACUGGGGCACAUGGAGCAAGAACAGUCUACACAUCUCACCUCGCUGCCCCUUUAGACAAGACAAGAGUUUACUUGACUAUGAGGUGGACAGUGAUGAAGAAUGGGAGGAAGAAGAGCCAGGAGAGUCCCUGUCUCAUAGUGAAGGGGAAGAUGAGGAAGAGGGAGGAGAAGAUGAUGACGAUGACGAUGAUGGAUUCUUUGUUCCUCAUGGCUACCUUUCAGAAGAUGAAGGGGCACUGGAAGAAGAGGAUGGUGGUGACCUGGAAAAGCAGAAACUCCGUCAGAAACUGAAAGCAAGGGAGUGGGAUGAGCUUAUGUCCAGCAAGAAGAAGAUGAAGGUCCUGGAGCCGGUGGUGAGGGGCUGCAUCUGGGAGGGAGAAGCACCUGGCUUUGAACUUUUACAGUCAUAUGCUGUGUGCUUGGUGGAGCCUUUACCCAAAGCAGACAACAGUCCCAGCCCAGAGGAGAUGUCACUGAAGUCUCAGAGAGAAGAAAAAUUACUCGGUAAGCUGCUGCCUCUUCUGCAUGGCAAUCUCAACAGUAGCAAAGUGAUCAUCAAUGAGUUUCGGGAGUUUUGUCGCCAGGAGACCACCUCCUCAUCUCCUCCUGUUCUGUCCAGCCCUCAGAACCCAGCAGAAAACAUUCCCAGCAGGAUGCAGCUGCGACGCCUCAUCAAGAACAAUGCUGUUUAUGAAAAGCGUUCAGCCCACAGGCGAUGCUGCUGGUAUGUGCACCAAGAGGUUCUGUCCCGUUUUGGUCAGGAGGCUCUUCCAGUGCCCUGCCAAUGGACCUACCUCACCACGGGAGCUCGAGAAGAACCCCGUGAAGAACCCCAGGCAGCCACAGGCUCUCAGGGAAACUCUCCCACAACUCCCCAGAGCUGCUCCACCACCCCUUCAUCCGCUAACAAAAGGAAGAGCACAGGCAGCAUGUCAAUCACCAAGUUUAUGAAGAGAUGUAAUGAUCCUGAGCAGACGGAAACAAUGGAGGCUGACGGUUUUCAAGCUGACACUGAGGAUGAUGAUGAAGAUGACUGUGUAAUUAUUUCUACCCAAAGUGGCCCUACAAAAGAGACGUCCAGCGAGGGAGAUGGUACAAUCGAAACAACCCCCUCUGACACUGCUGCUCUCCCCACUGCAAGCUCUGCGUCUGCCCUCGACACUGUCUGAGUGCAGGACAGGCAGUCUUCACCCAGUCAGACUACCCUUUUUCUGCCUAGAAAUUCCUGCUUGCUGGAUCUGAACUCCACGGUGUGCCAGACAGAAUCAAGUCUUCAAGUAAGAUGAAGCACCUAAGAUACGGGUAACUCGUAGCAGGUAAACUCUGCUCAGGAUUGAGUUCCCUCUCAACUAAUUCAGUUCAGUCAGCAGCCAUCGGGCCGAUAGCAGCUAUCCCUAAUAUUGGUGACUGGUUUGAAUAAGGACAGGCUUGACCAGUAUUCCAGUAUUCAUUGAUUAUAUCUGAUAUUUGUGUUUAACGUGGGCCUAUAGAGGGGAAGGUGAAUUUCUCCGGCACUGCUUUAGCUGCUGCUGCAGAUUUGGGUUAAACAGGGAGAAAGCAGAACACAAAUGGCCUUUUUUUUUUUUUUUUUUCCCCCUCCCUCCACGAGAAGCAUCCAAGACAUCAAGAACAUUAUUUACGGUUUUUGAAAUGUUCAAUUCAUCAAGUUGUGGAUGUGAUAUUUUCUAAUGUAUAUAGGUUACCAAAAUGAGAAGCUUAAAGUCCAUCUGUACAUUUUCUUCUGAUUUCCAUGGGUUCAUUUAUUCUGCAACUUCUAAACCUGACAAACUCACUGGAGUAGUUGCUAGAUCUGUACUUGUACAGUUAGGUUCAGUGUCACAGUGUUUUAUAAAUAUGUAUUUUCUUUAUUUUUCAAGAAUACUUGAACAGGAUAAAUCAAUUAAACAUGAAUAAAAGUACUGCACUUUUAUAUACAGUUUAUUUCUUGUCUUUUUGGGAUGUUUUGUUGUUCUAUAUAACAAAACAUAUAUAUUAGUUGUUAGUUUUUAGUAGAGUUCAGUAAAAAAAAAACUGGCAGCUGAGUUGUUACAUGGAACUAAACUCAGAAAAUAUUUGUCCCACAAUGGGCAAUUAAGUUUGACAGUUAAGUAAUAUAUUAAUGAUGCACGUGUUAUCUAAAUCUUCUGUUACACAACAUCAGUAAACUGUCAUGUUUAAGAAACCAGUGCCAGGUGAUUUAGGCUCACGUGGCUUUAUCCUGCUGGAAACAGUCAUCGCUGUUAUACACUGUUGUCACAAAGGAAUAAACAUACCGGUAGUCAGGAGUAAUAUUGAUGUUUACGCCAAAUUCUGACUCUACCCUCUGAAUGUUGCACCAGAAAUUCACUCAUCAGACCAGGCAACAGUUUUCCCAUCUUCUGCUGAUCAUUUUGGUGUGCGAACUGUAGCAUCAGUUCUGUUGUUAGCUGACUUGAGUUAUACCCGGAGAGCCAUCUGCUUCAAGGUUAGACGUGUAUUCAGAAAUGCUCUUGCGCAUAUCUUGGUUGUAACGAGUCGCUAUUUGAACAGUCAGGCCAUUCUCUGACAUCACAUCAUCAACAUAUUUGCUGCGCACUGGAUAUUUAUUUAUUUUUUUUCCCCCAGAUCAUUUUUGGUACACGGUACAGAUGUUUGUGCUGAAAAAUCACGUAAAGCAGCUGUUUCUAAAGUACUUAGAGGAACAUCUGAAUACUGAUACUGCAGUUCACCUUAGCCAAUUUGAAUGUAUAUGAUAGGGAUAGAACACCAAUCAGACUAAGCCACACAGACAACACUUGGUGACAGUGGGAGGGAAAAACUCACUUUUAACAGAAAGAGACCCCAAAAGCAGGCUCAGGGAGAGGAAACCAUCUACCUGGUUACAGCUGGCUAGGGGGGCUGAGGAGUAUUAGCAGCUCUAAUUUAGUUUAAAGAUGGUAACCCGUUUUUGACUUAUUUUGCUGUUAUUUAGUUUAAAAAAAACAAACAAACUGGGGCACUAUCUAACAUGGUUUACCAGUUGAGAGGAGGGAAACUCCCCACCAACACAUCCAUUAAAAGUCUAAUAAGAUGAUGUAGUCUGGUUAAAGACACUUUGUAUUUCAUCCAAUUAACCCUUUAAAGCCAGAACCAUAAAAUAAUUGCCAGAAAAUUAUAAUUUUAUGAAAAUGGAGUGAUUGUUGAACUGUCUGCAUAUAUGAAUUUUAAGUUGUAUCAUAUUUGUUACAACAGGUUCUUUUCUUUUUGCAAUUUAUUUUUUUCAUAGGGAAAAUCUGCAAUAACGCAUUGAAUAUCAUACACUUGACUUUAAAGGGUCCAAAUCUGAGAGCAGUAAAUGGCUGGCUGCUAAACUAAUUUCACAUUUAAGGUAUCAGCACAUCAAGAUGUUGCACAUAUUAUGAAGGCUUUGCAAAUAAAUACAUGUCCAACACAAGAGAAAACAUUUCCUAUUCCAAAGACAACUUUUAUUUAUUUUUUUAAACAGACUUCUGUUUGUUAAAAGUGAAGAGGCUUUGCAAGCGAUCGUUAUUACAGGCAGCUUAAAGCAACAGAACACCACUCGGAAGGAAACAUCUGGACAGAUCACAACUGCUCACUUAAUUUUUCAUACUGUUAUGGUGCUAAUGAAAGAUCUACAUCCCUUUUAUGCAAUACCUGUGGACAAGUGUUAGACUGCAGAAAUGUUUCUUUUGGCUGAUUCAACCUGGGCUGUGAAUGAAAUAGUGGACAUCAGUUUGUUUCCCCAUCACCCAGUUCUAAUUUGUGUGUUCAGUGUGCAACUGACCAUUAUUAGCAACAUAAGAGGGGAAAAGACAGUAUCCCCUAACCUUAGACUGAUGUUACAUAAUUGUGUACAUUUCCCUUGUGAUGCAUGGAAAUGGUAAGAGGUAGGCUGUUGUCAUUUAACCAACCACUACAAGGAGAAAGUAAUUAGGUUUUAAAGUUCUACUUGGUAAAUGCUCAUGUACAGCAAAAUCACAACCAAAAUAAAC